GUCUCCUUUUCCUUGUCAUCUUCCGCACGUUUGAAUUCCAUAUUCUAGAACUGGGCCAUGGAGUUUCAGAGACUCGAGAUGCAUGAUUCCUGCCGUGGCACUGACCUCGUUGCAACCACCGGAGUAGCUGCAAAGGCACAUGUCCAAGUCUGGUUCGCCGAACGCCUCUACCAAACUCAUCUUCUACUCCAUCCCGACUUCCAGUAGUCUUCUACUGAGUUAGGCCAAUGCCUUGCAGCCUUCUGGACCCUUCUGGAAAACUCAUAGAACUAACUAGGAGGUACCUCAUCAACCCGCACACUAACCCCAGCAAUCAACACUCGUACACAUACUCAGCAGCAGGCCGUGGUCAGAUUCUGCUUCGACCACAUCGCCGCUCCCGAACUUCAGCUUCACGAGUCCCUCGCAGCCCACCGCACGCUUGUCGACUUCAACGCGAUGACCCGCUCUCCCACGGCGAACCGCUUCUCGCACUUGGUCACCUGCAACUUCGACUUCGACAUGGAACAAUCUGUCAAACCAGAGCCAGUUGUAUAUGGCAGCUUGUGCUGAGGUUUCUGCGCAUGAUUGAUUGCAUCUGGAGCAUAUCCUACAAUCCCGAAUGGAGGACUGAAUCGGAACUCGGUACUCUUAUCUGAAGAUGAGAAAAACAAGGGAGUUUUCGUCACGUUCAAGAGACAGGUAGUGCUGUGAAGACGCCCACUCAAGCAUUCUACAGCGCUUGUAAAGAGUGAAGGCAGAAGUGCGAAAAUCCCAGGUGUGUCAGGGAGAAGGGAGGAGGGGUAGCCAAGAGUAACACAUCUGAUACGAUUCUCGAUCUGAGAUUCUGGCUUCAGACUACACGCACUUAUUAGCGUCUUGAACUGAGCUUCUUCGAGAGAAUGACUAUCGGCAGGAGGUAGUGCCCUGCUGUCGUUCUCUUGCGUAAAUCACAAAUGU